AUGCCAAAAUACUCCAAAUUCAUGAGAGACUUCCUCACCCACAAAAGAAAGAUUGAAUCCAUUCAACAAGUCACCUUAAGUGAAGAAUGCUCGGCGGCACUCCUCAACAAGCUACCCCAAAAGAAGACUGAUCCCAAAAGCUUCACCAUUCCUUGCUCUAUUGGUGGAUCACCAAUAAGCAAUACAAUAGCCGACUUGGUGUCGGCCUCUUUGUUCAACCGACUAGAGUAUGGUAAGCCACAUCCUACAAGGAUGAGCAUACAACUUACAGAUAGGUUGGUGAAAUACCCUCAAGGUGUCAUAGAGAACCUAUUGGUAAAGGUCGGAGAAUUUGUUUUUCUGGCCGACUUUGUUAUCUUAGACAUGGAAGAAGACACCGAGAUCUCACUCAUACUAGGACGACCCUUCCUCACCACCGCACGGGCUAUGGUAGAUAAAAGUGACGGGAAGUUAACAUUUAGGGUUGGUCAAAAAGUGAUCAAGUUUGAAGUGGGACAACGAGCGGAGGAUGAUCCGGUCAAAUACCUCAAAGCAAUUUACUCAAGCCUAGAUGCCGCAUUGCAACGAUACAACUCGGGAUGUGAGUCAUCCCGCUCGGGUAACAUUUGA